AUUUACUAAUUUGUAUCUAGGUAGCCUCGUUUGCUCAACAAAAACGACCUACAAGAUUUUGUUAUCUCAUGAAUAGAGUUCAGUCUUGACACCUGAAACUAUUAACGUUCUAUAAUUAUGUUAUCUUAACGACGUAUUGUGUGUCUCGCUUGAAGUUAUGUUGGUGCACACGUGUUCUGGUUUACAUUUGUCGAUACAAUUCGCAGCUAGCUGGGGCUAGCUUUCCGCACUGUGCUGUGGUUACGUUAAGGUAGUAGUAUUGCAGCCACAUUACUUUAGCUAUUUCAGCACACUUCAGUUGAUACAAUAAGUUUUUAACAACACUUCAGCAUCACCGAGAGCUACAGAGAAUGUUGGCGACGGGAGCGGCUGUAACUAACGUCACAGCCCUGGCCCAGGUAGACCGGGAGAAGAUCUACCAAUGGAUCAAUGAGUUAUCCAGCCCUGAGACCAGAGAAAAUGCCUUGUUGGAGCUUAGCAAGAAACGUGAAUCUGUGCCAGACCUGGCACCAAUGCUCUGGCAUUCCUGUGGCACUAUUGCAGCCCUGUUGCAGGAAAUUGUCAACAUCUAUCCAUCUAUAAACCCACCUACGCUCACAGCCCACCAGUCUAACAGAGUGUGCAAUGCCCUUGCACUUCUACAGUGUGUUGCCUCACACCCAGAGACACGGUCGGCUUUUCUUGCAGCUCACAUCCCUCUUUUCCUUUAUCCUUUUCUGCACACUGUGAGCAAAACAAGACCAUUUGAGUACCUGCGACUUACCAGCCUCGGAGUCAUAGGUGCCUUGGUCAAAACAGAUGAACAAGAAGUGAUUAAUUUCCUUCUCACCACUGAAAUUAUCCCGCUGUGUCUCCGCAUUAUGGAAUCGGGGAGUGAACUCUCCAAGACGGUUGCUACUUUCAUACUGCAGAAGAUACUGCUGGAUGACACAGGACUGGCCUAUAUAUGUCAGACUUAUGAACGUUUCUCUCAUGUGGCCAUGAUUCUUGGCAAAAUGGUGCUGCAGCUCUCCAAAGAACCAUCAGCUCGUCUGCUGAAGCAUGUUGUUCGCUGCUACCUUCGCCUCUCGGAUAAUCUCAGAGCCAGGGAGGCCCUGCGUCAGUGUCUACCAGACCAGCUGAAGGACAGCACCUUUGCACAGGUGUUGAAGGACGACACCACCACCAAGCGCUGGCUGGCACAGCUGGUCAAGAACCUGCAGGAGGGCCAAGUCACCGAUGCUAGAGGCAUUCCACUGGCUCCACAGUGAUGGGCUGUGAAUUCAAGUGGGAUCGAAUAGACUCGUUGUCUAUAAUUUGAAUAUUUUUUUUGCCAAAUGCGGUGCUAAGACUGUUUGCAAAGUAAAGGACAUAAAAGAGAACAAUAUUUUUGCUUUUCUCAAUUUCCACUUCUGGACAUAAGGCCACCUUCACAACUGAAAACUUCUUCUUGAGAGUCCACAGAUAGUAGAUCUUAAAGCUGACACUGAUGUUUGAGAAUCCAAUAAUGAUGUAUUGGCUGAUAUUUGCCUUUGACAUCAACUUUUUUUUGACAAGAAACCUGGUUGAUAAAGAAGAUGUUUAGUUUGGACAUUUUUUUGGUUGACAGAUAGACCUUAAUAUUGAAAUGAUAACAGUAUUUUUUGAACAGUAAGCUUCAUAUCAGAUUAACAGCUAUAAGUAGAGAAGUACGCAUUAAACUUGCAAUAAGAAACAAUGGCCAAAUGUACAUUAAAAUGCAGCCUAUGAAAUAAUUAUUGUUGCCGUAGUCACAAAGCAAUUUCUAUCUAAAUGUCAGCGUAGGUCACUUAUGAAAUAAAAUAGACCAGAUCGGCCAAACAAUUAAUAUCAACCCUUUCAAAAUGUCAGCCGAUGCUCCUCUCUUCCCGUUUAUCACUGUAAGGUUCUGUAACAUUCCAUGUCAAAUAGGAACAGUUAUUUCUUGCAUUUUACGUUUCAAAUAACACUUUGAUCUUCUAUAUGA